AUGGAUCUAAAAAACAUAAGCACUGAAUAGGAAGCGAAAGAUUUAAGUUCGAAAGCUAUUUUAGAUAUUUUAAAUAAUAAGAAUUUUUUAAAUCCUGACAAACUUCGCUAAGAAUAUAAUAGCUACAAAAAGAGAUAAUAGGAAAUAGAUAAUGAAAUAAUUGUUUCUGUAGAAAAGCAAAUUGAUGAUAUUUAGGCUGUGAAAGAGUUUAUGGGAAAGUGCAAUAUAAAUUUAGUUUAAACAUAAGAAUAGCUUGUAAAAUUGCAGUUAGAUCAUGAAAAAGAUUAACCCUUUUAGCAAGAUUUAGAAAAAGUAGAAAAGCUUAACCUUUACAAAAAAAAUGUAGGAAAUUUAAUUGAUGACAUAAAGUUUUAUUUUGCAAUCAAGAAGUAGACUGACAAAAUGAGAGUAUUAUUUGAGGAGGAUAAGUAGAAUUAUGAGUAUAUUCAUUAUAAGUUACUUACCUAGACAGAGUUGCGUGAUAAUUUAAUAGAUAAAAUGAAACAAAGAGGUCAAGAUAUAGAUAAAUUAGAAAAAGAAUUUGAAUCAUUAACUUCUUUUGAAAGAGCUUUUUACAACGAAGUUUAUAGUGGCUUUGGAAAUGCUAUAGAAUUGUCUUUGAAAGAUCCAAAUCACUUAAUUUAGUUAGUUAAAAUUAUUCAAUCUGGUGAUAAAUUCCUCUAAGAAAAAAAUAAACCUCCCUAAUUUAAGAAAAAUGCAAUAAAAGCAAUACACGAUUCUAUCGAUUUAAGAUUUGAUAAAGUUCUUGAAGGAGCAACAGAUGUUAUUUUAAUUCUUGAUAAAGCGCAUUUCACUGAGAGAGAUCUCAUUCUUGUUUAAGAUAAAGUCAUGAAAUGCUUUCCAGAUGAUUUUGAGAUAUUCAAAGUGUAUGAAUCUAAAUAUCGUGAGAACAUUGAGAAAAGAGUCCUUCCCUAUUUAGACGAUGAGUCUAAAAUUAAAGAGUAAUAUGGAACUCCUAUUAAACUGAUUUAAUGGGUUAAUGAUUAUGAAAAAAUGCUUGCAAAAGCUGGGCUAGAAUCAACAGACUAUUAGUUACUUAAAGCCAAAGCUCUUUAAUAUAUGCCUUUAUUUUAAGACCAUUUAAAGGAGUUCUUUAGAAAAUUUUUAGAAAAUUGUGUAGAAAAUGAUCAUAUAAACUUUAUGACAGUAGAAUCUAUCACAAAACUUGUAACAGAAAAGUAGGAUUUAAUUGGUAAUUUCCCAGUUGAUACUUUCGUAUUUAUUAAUACUCAGAUAGAUAUUUUAGGACCUCAGUUAGAACCUAACCAAUUUAUAGAAUUUUUAAGAUUAAUAAGCGAUAGUUUGAAUCACUAUGUCAUAUAACCGGAGCUUCAAAUGCUAAUUAAAGAAUUAUAGCAUUUACCAGUCGGAGGAGAUACUUUCUAUAUUCUUGUUAAAGUAAUUAUUGAUAUUAACAACUUUCAUAAAUGUGAUAAGAACGCUUCAGAUACGAAGAAAUAAGCAUUGGCUUUCUUUGAAAAUAAGGAUGAGUCUUAUUUGGAUAGGAUCGAAAACAUUUUUCAAAAUGAGAUAAGAAAAAAUUUUAAGGAAGCAAUUUCUACUCUUUAGCAGUAUUUGCUGGUAAUCAUAUUUAGAGAAAUACACUCUAUAGUUAUUCCAUUUUUAUUUGGAGACAAGUGGAUAAAUGAUGAUGAAGAAGUCAAUAUGAAAGCAUUAUCAAAAACUUUGGAAGAACAUUUGAAAAGAAUAAAAUAAGGAUUAAAGCCAAGUAAAAUUCACUAUGCCAGCUUAUGUAAAUUGUGCAUUGAGCAUACAAUGAAUAUGUAUUGGGAACAGCUUAUUGUUCAAAUUAAAAAGGUGUAUGAUGUCUGCUAAGGUUAUAAUCCUGAUAACUUAACUCACUGUGUGGCUCCUAAGUCAAGCAAAAAAGAAAUAACAGAGCUGAAGUCUAUUUUUAGUAAUUAUUAAAAACUGUUGGAAAAGAUUUAAUCUGAUGGAGAAAUUUUAAAUGCUCUAAUGACAAAUAGUUCUAUUGUUUAAAUUUCUUCAUAAUAAGUGCAACAUGUUUAAACAUAGUUUCAAAUAUUUAAAAGCAUUUUAGUUACAUCAAAGUAUGAUCUUAAUACAAUUCUCUCAUAAAUUUAAAAAUCAUUUCAAAAUCAGUUUUCACCUUAUUUUUUAGAAGGAGUUCUAACUAUCAGAGAUGGAAUAGAGAGAUAAGAAAAAGAAAGUCUAAUAAAUAGUUUAAAAAGAAUAAUUCAAUAUUAAAUAGAAUCUGAAGAGAAGGAGUAAUAGUAGAAAUAAAAAUGA